AUGGGUGCGCUGACUGUGAGGCCUUACAGGAUCGAGCUCGGUCUUCCUGAGUGGGAAACAUCGGGCAGCUCUAAGAAAAAAGACACGGGCGCAGCACAAGGAGAGCUCGAGUAUCUCUACAACGUCAGCAUGCACAAAAGCCCAGAAGCCGGAGAAGAAAUUCUGUACCGCUUCCUGAUCCCGCACGCUGUGACGCCUCCGGAAGAAAACCCACUUUUGCGGACGUUGUCGGUCGAAAUCUUGUUCAGAUUAUCACAGGAGACCCUGUGGAUAAGGGACCGCGGAAACGAACCGGGUGUCAUGUUCGACGUGCUAAGUGUGCUGCAGUCCUCGCCACGCUCGCCGGAAGUUCCUGUUACCAAAUACAACCGGGGGGGCCAGCUUUCUUGGACCGUGACAAGGGGCCCCCGACAUCCGCUGAGUAUGAAAGUCAAGGUCACGGUGGCAUCAAACCUCCUCAGACCGUCGGCGCAGCGGGUAUUCAUGUGUGCAGAGGAGAAAGUGGAAGCUCUCUCCAAAGUUUCGCUUCUUGAAGAGGCCCCAGCAACCGGCGACCUGAAUCUCAUCUGCAAGGACGGUUCGAAAGUGCCGGCGCACGCUGCCGUUCUGGCUGGCAUCCCUUACUUCCAGUCGAAGCUGAAGAACGACUGGUCUGGCGCUGAUUGGAACAUGCACAAAAGGCUGGACGUCCACCUGCCGUGCCCGGUGGACGAAAAAGUGGUCGGGGCGUUCCUCAAGUUCGCUUACGGAGACGCUGCGUCGAGUCUGAACCAACUUGAGCCUUCCGAAGCGCCGCUUAUGCAGGGUCUCUUCUCCUUGGCCGAGUCGACCGAUUUCACCUCCCUGUGUGAGAGCGUCAAAGACCACGUGCAAGUGACCGAGGGAAACGCGGCGUCCUGGCUGACGUGGCUUUCAAAGGAGCACGGUCCGAUCGCCCGCAAGAUUUCCAACCAAGUGAGGCGCGUCGUGAAGCGAGUCGUGAAGCGGUCCUUUGAAUAA